CUGACUUCUCUGAUCCUCCCCUUCUUCCAGUGCCCCCCUCAUAUCUCCUGAUAAGACAUCAUGUGGAGUCACUCUGCACAUGCUCAGGGUUUUGUUUUUCUUGGGAGAGUUCAUAUGAUCACCAAAGGGCCAAUCAGCACUGUCCAGACAGAGGUCAGGGGUUCUGCAUCCUCCUAGAGCAAAAUGAAAACUCCUCCUACAAGAUUAACCAGUGCUCAGCUGGACACUGAUAGAAAGCACAAGACUUCUCUAACUGCUGAUGAGAAAAGGUAUUUAGCAGUUUUAUAUAUU